GGGCGCCAGGUCGAAGCCUUCGACUCUCGGCUUCUUUCGCUAGUACACUAAGAGGCGCGAUCCUGCCGCCGGCGCCUAGACGUUGUCAUCGGCGUCGGGCUUCUCCCCGAUCCUGCUCCUUCCGCUCCUCCUCAUCUUUGCUCCAAUCGCGCGCCUCUCUCGGCUUCGACGAGCGCGGGCAGUAGUGUGGGAGGCAAUCUUUCGUCGCGAUUCCCCUUCUGUCCCUCGCGAUGGCGACGAGGUGUUUUACAACGCUGGGGCGCUUCUAGGGUUCUUAUCUGGCCGGCGGAACCUGUGCUGGUGCAUGUUGUGUUAGUCCGUGCCGUGCACGCAGAUUGAAGAGGGAACAAUCCCAAUUUGAACUUGCCGUCGUAGAACCCUAUUGGGAAAGGAUCGAUCUUGACUUACAAACAAAGCGAAAUCAGUUGGUGCCAUCUUAAAAUUUUCUCCUCUAAUUUACUUUCAUGAUGCCGUCUUUUCCCAAUAUUUCCACCUCCAAGGAUCAGCAAGAUGGCAGGAAGCUCGCCAAUGGAGAUUGUAAAAACCAACAAGUUCUAGCCAGGAGGCAGUUGAUUUUACAGCACAGGAAGUCAUUACCUAUCGCAUCAGUCGAGAGGAGACUUGUGGAGGAAGUGAGAAAAAAUGACACUCUGAUAAUUGUUGGGGAGACCGGAAGCGGGAAGACUACUCAAUUACCCCAAUUUUUGUGCAAUGCUGGAUUUUGCCGUGAUGAGAAAAUUAUUGGAGUUACACAGCCUCGGCGGGUUGCUGCUGUUACUGUUGCAAAACGUGUAGCUGAAGAAUGUAAUGUCGAGUUAGGCCAAAAGGUUGGUUAUUCCAUUAGAUUUGAGGAUGCCACAUCCAGCUCCACAAGGAUAAAGUACAUGACAGACGGUUUGCUUCUUAGGGAAGCACUGUUGGAUCCAUUGCUAUCUAGAUAUAGCAUCAUCAUUGUCGAUGAAGCUCAUGAAAGAACAGUCCAUACAGAUGUACUGCUGGGGUUGUUGAAGAAAGUGCAACUUGCAAGGUCUCAUCCUACCACUAAUCAGCAUAAUUUUAUUAAGGCAAAUGCCAAAGGAAGAGAGGAUGAGUCCCGAAGCUUCAGUCCUCUUAAGGCUAGUGAAAGCGCAAAAUCUACUUCCUUGAAGUUGAUCAUUAUGUCUGCUAGUUUGGAUGCAAGGUGUUUCUCUGAGUACUUUGGUGGUGCCAAAGCUGUUCAUGUUCAUGGGCGCCAGUAUCCUGUGGAAGUACUUUAUACUUACCAACCUGAACCAGAUUAUCUUGAUGCUACCCUGAUUACCAUUUUCCAGAUACAUUUGGAGGAGGCCUCUGGCGACAUUCUUGCAUUUUUGACUGGGCAAGAGGAGAUUGAAUCAGUUGAAAGACUUGUCCAUGAUCGCAUUCAGCAGCUACCUGAUGGCAGUCAAAAUCUCUUAACCGUCCCUAUUUAUGCGUCACUUCCCUCAGAGCAGCAAAUGAAUGCCUUCAAGCCUGCUCCAUCUGGUUUUCGCAAGGUAAUUCUAGCAACAAAUAUUGCUGAAACCUCUGUAACAAUACCUGGUAUCAAGUAUGUUAUAGAUCCUGGACUGGUGAAAGCUCGGUCGUACAAUCCAGUAACGGGUAUGGAGUCAUUGAUUAUCAUUCCCACCUCAAAAGCGCAAGCACUUCAAAGAAGUGGUCGUGCCGGACGGGAGGGACCUGGAAAAUGCUUCCGGUUGUACCCAGAGAGUGAGUUUAGUAAACUUACAGAUUCUACAGUUCCAGAGAUUAAAAGAUGCAACCUCUCAAAUGUUGUUCUGCAGCUUAAAGCCCUUGGUAUUGAUGAUAUCAUUGGGUUUGAUUUCAUGGAGAAACCUUCAAGGAUGGCUAUAGUGAAAUCUUUGGAGCAGUUGUUCCUGCUUGGGGCUUUGAGUGAUGAUUACAAACUCUCAAGUCCAGUUGGGCAGCAGAUGGCACGGCUUCCUUUGGACCCUAUGUACUCAAAGGCACUUAUCUUGGCUAAAGAGUUCAAGUGCUUGGAAGAAAUGUUGAUUGUUGUUGCUAUGCUCUCUGUGGAGUCUAUAUUUUACUUUCCUCGUGAAAAAAUGGAAGAGGCAAGAGCUGCUAGAAAGAGUUUUUCAAGCCCUGAAGGAGACCAUAUAACUUUGGUGAAUGUAUAUCGCGCAUCUGCAGAAUGCUUGGAGAAGAGCAAAACCACAAAUAGCAAAGAGAAAACAAUGGAGAAAAAGUUGAAUAAAUGGUGCAGAGAGAACUUUAUCAAUUAUCGGUCUCUAAGACAUGCGCGAGACAUUCAUAGUCAAAUCGAAGGUCAUAUCCGGCAGAUGGGUUUCUCUCCAUCAUCAUGUGGUGAUGAUAUGCUUCAGUUCCGCAGGUGUCUUACAGCCUCAUUUUUCCUUAAUGCAGCAAUGAAGCAACCAGAUGGAUCAUACAGAGCUUUAUCUAGUAGUCAGACCGUUCAGGUACACCCUUCGUCGGUGUUGUUUCGUACAAAGGCAGACUGCAUCAUCUUCAACGAGCUGGUUCGAACAAACCAAAACUAUGUUCGCAACGUGACUCGAGUGGAUCCAUUAUGGUUGCCAGAGCUAGCUCCACAAUAUUACGCUGCCGAUAGUUAGCUGUGUUUUCUCUGCUUGCUGCUGGUCCUUCUACCUCAGGAUCCAGACUCCUCUCAUCACUUGCAAGCUUCUUCACUUGCACAUCCUACACUGCAAGGCUUGGAGCUUCUUCACAAGGGUCUUCGAAGGAUAUUUUUCCUACCCUUGGAUAAUUUUUCUCUUUUACUUUAAUGUAUCAAACAAAGAAGCUUCUUCUCUUGGUAGCUGUUUUAGUUUAUGUAUCAUUUGCUCUAAAUCUGUUUUAGUUUAUGUAUCAUUAGCUCUAAAUCUGUUUUAGUUUGUGAUAAGGUUUCAUCACCCAUCGAUUAAUGGCUCCUAUAUGUUGUUAUUGUUUUC